AAUUUGUUAAUUCAGCCAUGGAUCCCCCAAAACGAUUUGUUAGCUGACAGUCGCAUAAAAUUGUUUGUAACGCACGGUGGGUUCAACAGCAUGAUGGAAAGUGUUUAUCAUGCCAAACCCGUCAUUGUAUUCCCAUUUGUACAUGAUCAAACUGGUUUGGCUUCAUACGCUGAAAGACAUAAUUACGGAGUUGAAAUGGACUUUGGUAACUGGGAAGUUGAUGAACUUACAAACAACAUAAUUCGUGUUUUGAACAACAAAACAUUCAAAGAAAGUAUUAAAAGGUCAUCCGAUAUACUGAGAGAUAGAAAAACGUCAGCUGCUGAAAGAGUUUCAGACGCCAUAAACCACGUGAUGAAAUAUGGAGAUGAACAUUUGAAGUCUGGUGCAUCGGAUUUGUAUUGGUUUCAAUUUAUCAUGUUCGACAUCUUUUUUGUUUUGGUA